GGUGGAUACGAGUGACAGAUCAUGCCGGGGGGGGAGGGGCAUGGGGCAUGUGAUGUCAUGCAAAGUCCACCCAGGAUAACAGUUCUCCCGCCCCAGCCAUCAUUUUACAAUAGGCUGAGCAGGAAGGGGUUAAUCUUUAUGACUGAGACCCUUCCAUGCAGAAACGCGUCGGUUUUCUGUGAUUUUCUAUCCCUGUGGAUGGAUUCAGAAAAGGGAGAUGUGACUGCUGCUCUCUGAGGUGCCGAUCGAUUUCCUUAUUUCCUGCUCAUGAUUGAAGCUCUUCGGACGGGGGAUUUCACAAUGUAUGGAUGAUGUCAUCCCACAUGACCCCGCCUUCUUCCUCUUUCACCGACCAAGAGAACAUAUCCAGUAAAUGCUCCUUGAUGAGCACAUUGGUGGAUCCAGCUCAGCCUCGCACCCCCUUGUUGUAGCGUCACCCCCAACGCUGUCUAAGUGCUUUCCUCAGAUCAACGCCAUAAAAAGGAUUUCUGAGGUGCUGAGAUUGGACACAACGGAGACCAUGGAGACCAUCAAGUGUGUAGUAGUCGGGGACGGAGGUGUCGGGAAAACUUGCCUCCUCAUGUGUUACCAAACCAACACCUUCCCUGAGGAGUUCUACCCCAGGGUGCUCGAAAACUACACUGUCCAGAUUACAGUGGAUGGAAAAACCGUGAGUCUGAACCUGUGGGACACGCACGGCAAUGAAGAGCCCGACCGAAUAAGGCCAUUGGUUUACCCCAAGACCAACGUCGCCAUCAUCUGCUUCUCCAUCGCCAGUACUCCAUCUUACGAGAACGUCAAGUACAAGUGGUAUCCUGAAGUGAGCCACCAUUGUCCUAACAUUCCCAUCCUCCUGGUGGACACCAAGAAGGAUCUGAGGACCGACCCGAAUGUCAUCAACAAGCUAAAGGAGAAGAACCAGCUACCGAUCUCCCACCAACAAGGGGUCAGCCUGUCCCGGGAAAUUGAUGCAGCGAAGUACAUGGAGUGCUCAGCGCUGAACCAAGAUGGUGUCCAAGAAGUUUUCUCCGAGUCAGUGAGAGCCGUUCUCAGCCCAGUAAAAAAGAAGAGUCCAUGUGUCUUACUGUGAGAAGAAGAUCUGGUCAGUGGUUCCUCCUUGUGUUGAUCUCAGAUCACAUGACUUUGUCCUGAAGAACCACAACCUACGUAGAUCUCAAGGACUGGAAAUUACAGACUCUUCUAUGUGUUCCUUAUCUAAAAUGUCCAUUAGACCAAAGAAACCCCCAGAUGGAGAUGAAUAUUUCAGACCUCCAGCAAUAUCUUCCAUGGUUUUGUCUCUUCUGACAAGUGCGCCAACAUCUUCAAGGGCCCCAACUUAGCCGGCAGAAGACUAACCUUAAAGGGCCCCAACUUAGCCAUCAGAAGACUAACCUUAAAGGGCCCCAACUUAGCCAGCAGAAGACUAACUUUAAAGGGCCCCAACUAAACCAGCAGAAGACUAAA